AUGUCCAAGAGAAAUACCGCCCCCCUCAGAUCCCCAGGGAUAAACACUGUCCAGAUAAACGCUGCCAGAGAGAUGCAUGCGCAGACCGUACGCGCUCGAAGAAUGCCCAUCCCAGCCGGCAGCAUCACCGCAUCCUCGAUGACCGCCCCCGUAGCAGCAACGGCAGUGCCACCACGACAUAUCUGCAAUAACCCGAACAACCCGCCCUGCGUGAGCUGUGGCUCGGUCAUCAUCCCAUCGCCCAGAGCCACGCUGCCCUUGGAGGACAAUCCUUCCAUCUCCAUAAACGACUGGACCAUCUCUUCCAGGAAGAAGCCCAUUUUGAACUCACAAGAACUGGACGUCUGGGAAACCGAGAAGCUCAAGGGGCUGACCUUGCCCGAGAUGAUCUUCGGCAACAACUACAUCCGAAUCGAGAACCCGCGUCUAGACUGGUCUAUAGAGUUCAACGCCCUGGACGCCCUGAAGAACGUGCAACUGCAGGAUUCGGGCAUCCGCGUGGCGUACUCGAACGAUUGGAUAAACUCCAAGAGGAAACAGAACACAUCGGGCACGGGCACUGCACAGCGGUUUUCCAACGAUGUGAGCGCAGAUUCCCUCAACAUUAUACACAAGUACGACUGGACCUACACCACAAGCUAUAGGGGCACAGAGAACUCCCCCGAGUCGAGGUUCAAACUGGACAAUGACCAAACGCUACCACUCGACAAGCUGGCCGUGCACGACAAAAUCCUAUUCUACGACGACAUGAUUCUCUUCGAAGACGAGCUCGCAGACAACGGUAUAUCCAUACUCAACGUGAAAAUAAGGGUCAUGAACGAACGCCUGCUGCUGCUGAGCAGGUUCUUCCUGAGAGUGGACGACGUGCUUGUGCGGGUCUACGACACGAGGCUAUACGUGGAGUUCGACGAGAACAGAGUGAUCAGAGAGUCCAAGGAGUACGAGGGUAAAUACCACGACGUACUGGCCAAGCAUAGGCUGUCCCAAUCGCAUGACCCCAAGGCCGCCCUGAGAGAUAGCAACUGGGUUGCUCAGAACACACCCAUGAUCAAAAGAGAGUGCGAAACGAUCCAGUUCUAG